AUGUCCGGUACCAAAUUGGAGGACUCCCCCCCUUGUCGCAACUGGUCAUCUGCUUCGGAGCUGAAUGAAACUCAAGAGCCCUUUUUAAACCCCACCGACUAUGACGACGAGGAAUUCCUGCGGUACCUGUGGAGGGAAUACCUACACCCGAAAGAAUAUGAGUGGGUCCUGAUCGCUGGGUACAUCAUCGUGUUCGUGGUGGCUCUUAUUGGGAAUGUCCUGGUUUGUGUGGCAGUGUGGAAGAACCACCACAUGAGGACGGUAACCAACUACUUCAUAGUCAACCUUUCUCUGGCUGAUGUGCUCGUGACCAUUACCUGCCUUCCAGCCACAUUGGUGGUAGACAUCACUGAGACCUGGUUCUUUGGACAGUCUCUCUGUAAAGUUAUUCCAUAUUUACAGACCGUGUCAGUGUCAGUGUCUGUCCUCACACUGAGCUGCAUUGCCUUGGAUCGAUGGUAUGCGAUCUGUCACCCUUUGAUGUUUAAGAGCACAGCCAAGAGGGCCAGGAAUAGCAUUGUCAUCAUCUGGAUUGUCUCCUGCAUUAUAAUGAUUCCUCAGGCCAUCGUCAUGGAGUGCAGCACCAUGCUCCCUGGCUUAGCCAAUAAAACCACUCUCUUUACAGUGUGUGAUGAGCACUGGGGCGGUGAAAUUUACCCCAAGAUGUAUCACAUUUGUUUCUUUCUGGUGACAUACAUGGCACCACUGUGUCUUAUGGUGUUGGCCUAUCUGCAAAUAUUUCGUAAACUCUGGUGUCGCCAGAUCCCUGGAACAUCAUCUGUAGUUCAGAGAAAAUGGAAGCCCCUGCAGCCUGCUUCACAGCCUCGAGGGCCAGGACAGCAGACCAAGUCCAGGAUUAGUGCUGUGGCCGCUGAAAUAAAGCAGAUCCGAGCCAGACGGAAAACAGCCCGGAUGCUAAUGGUUGUGCUUUUGGUGUUUGCAAUUUGCUAUCUACCAAUUAGCAUCCUCAACGUGCUCAAGAGAGUAUUUGGGAUGUUUACACACACAGAAGAUAGAGAGACUGUAUACGCCUGGUUUACAUUUUCACACUGGCUUGUAUAUGCCAAUAGUGCUGCGAACCCAAUUAUUUAUAAUUUUCUCAGUGGAAAGUUUCGAGAGGAAUUUAAAGCUGCAUUUUCUUGCUGUUGCCUUGGAGUUCACCAUCGCCAGGAGGACCGGCUUACCCGGGGCCGAACGAGCACAGAGAGCCGGAAGUCUCUGACCACCCAGAUCAGCAACUUCGACAACAUAUCAAAACUCUCAGAGCAAGUUGUGCUCACCAGCAUAAGCACACUCCCAGCAGCCAAUGGAGCAGGGCCACUUCAAAGCUGGUAG